AUGCAAAGAAUACAGCAAAAUGAAGAAACCCCUACCAUCGGUCAGUCAACGACAGAUGUGGUCAACGAUGUCUGUCCUGAGGAUAAAUCAUAUUCCAAAUCAACAGUUGGUAAUCCCCAAGAAGUACUGUUGGAAAGGGAAGAGAAGAUUCUGGGAAUUCGGUGGAACUAUGUCAGUGACACAUUCAUAUUCAAUUUUCAGCGAAUAGUCCAAGCAGCUCGAGAACUUGAGCCCACAAAACGAAAUGUCAUUGGUAUCAUAUCCCGUUUCUACGACCCUUUGGGAGUCCUCGCACCCAUAACAGUCAUAUUAAAGAUGUUCUUUCAGGAGCUAUGCCAAUCUAAAGUUGAAUGGGACGAAGAAUUAUCAAGCGAACUAAAGAAGAAGUGGGAGCAUCUUAUCCUAGACCUGGAAAAGAUAGAAUCGACCCUGAUACCGAGAUGUUAUCAAGCGGGAAUCGAAGAAAGGGUUUUUUCUUACAGCCUCCAAGGAUUUUGUGACGCAUCCCUUAAAGCCUAUGGAGCUGUUGUUUAUCUGAAAAUGACUACCUCACUGGGAACAUUUAUAAGAUUUGUUAUUGCCAAAACAAGAGUCUCUCCAAUUAACAAACAAACCAUUCCAAGAUUAGCACUUCUUUCAACAGUCAUACUAAGACUUAUUUCAACCGUUACAAGGGCUUUGAACGAAACCCUAAAGCUUGAUGAUCCAACCUGUUGGACUGAUUCUAAGGUAGCACUGUACUGGAUACUUGGUGAAACCCAAGAAUUGAAACAGUUUGUUCAAAAUUGUGUCGUUGGGAUAAGAAAAUUGGUACCAUUGAAAUGCUGGAGACAUUGCCCCGGCAAAGUAAAUCCUGCGGACAUUGCUUCUAGAGGAGCAACCUCCACUGAUUCAGGCGCACUUCAAACCUGGUUAAAUGGUCCUCAAUGGAUGCUCAAGGAUAUCAAAAGCGAGGGAAGAAUAAUGAAGAAUGUCCGGAAGAAUGUAUUACAGAAAUGAAAGCCAAUGAUCGAAAGGCAUUUCAGAACACUUGUUUACUCAUAUGCACCGAAACAAGUUACCAGAUCCAGAGCAUUAUUGACGUACGAAGGUUUAGCAGUUACCAGAAGCUUAUUACUGUUACAUCAAUGGUUUUAUAAUUUAUUCGACGAGUGAAGAAAGCCCAUUUAAGAGCCGAAGAGAAUAAGAACUCUGAAGCUGAAAUCGCAGAAAUUUUAUGGUUUAAACAAGUCCAAUUAGAUCUUCCAAAUCACCCUUCGUUUGAAAUGUGGAAAAAACAGUUUGGAUUAUUCUGGGAUAAGAAUGGAAUCAUCAAGUGCAAGGGAAGAAUUUCGAAAGCGAACAUUCCUGACGAAACCAGACAUCCAAUUCUAUUGAACGCAAAGAAUAGAUUAACCGAGUUAAUAGUUAAGGAAUCCCAUAGUCGUGUGUUUCACAACGGUGUUAAAGGGACACUUACACAACUACGCCCGAGGUUUUGGAUAAUUUGUGGCAGACAAUUUGUAAGGAAGUUAAUUCACAGGUGCAUGGUUUGCAAGAAACACGAGUGUAAACAAUAUUCCCUACCUGCCUCCCCAGCUUUGCCAGAGUUUCGAACACAACGACAAGCACCCUUUGCCUCGACUGGAGUUGACUUUGCUGGGCCGCUGUAUGUCAAAGAAUCAAAGAAGAGCAAGACACAAACAAAGAUCUGGAUCACCCUUUAUACAUGCACUGUCACGAGAGCUCUCCAUUUGGAACUCGUUUUGGACAUGACUAGUGAAUCUUUCCUAUUGUGUUUUCAACGAUUCUGUGUGAGGAGAGGACUUCCCAAGAGAAUGAUUUCUGAUAAUGCCAAGACGUUUGUAACUGUGUCCCGAAGAUUAAAGGCUUUAUUUCAACUUCCCGAAGUUAGACAUCAUAUGGAGAUCAAACGGAUUGAGUGGUCAUUCAAUACUCCUAAGGCCCCUUGGCAAGGAGGAUUCUUCGAACAAUUAGUUAAGUCAGUAAAGCGGUGUCUGAAGAAAAUACUCGGGAAGGCAUGUGUCACCUAUGAGGAACUACUAACUAUACUUACAGAGAUCGAGUGUGUCUUAAAUUCAAGACCGUUAACUUAUAUUUCUACCGAAGAUCUCGAGGAACCUUAAUGCCAUCACACCUACUUUGUGGAAGACAAAUUUUAUCUGUGCCAUCUGGCGAUACAUCUGAGCUAAUAGAUCCUGACUGGAAUCCUAAAUCGGAAGAAUUCACUAAACAUGUUGUUUAUUUACAGAAGUUGAUUGACAAAUUUUGGAACAGAUGGUCAAAGGAAUAUCUGUUAGAGCUACGAGAACCCCUUCGUAACACUUCCCAGAAUUUGUUGUCUCAAGAAAUAAGCAUAGAAGAAAUGGUUUUAGUACAUCAAGAUAAUCAGCGUCAAGGAUCGUGGAAAUUGGGAAAGGUUGAGAAACUGAUUAAGGCUGAUGACCACAAAGUAAUUGUAAAGGUUAAUGGAGAAGGAAAGAAAGCAAACCAGUUGAAGAGACCAGGGCGCUAUAAAACACGGGCGGUGAAACGGAGAUAGCGCCCCUGAUCUUUGUGUGAUGCGCGUACCCCCCGUAUACAUUAAUUUAAUGUCAAUAAAAAUGGAAUUGGAAUGUUUAUGCAAAAAAGAGCUGAAAAAACUAAAGUAAAAACUGUUUUCUGCACAUUCCUAAACAACUUCAUGGUUUGAAGACAUUGUUGGAUUCAUUUUCUGUAUAUCUGAUGAAGGAAAGAGGGCUUUAAAAAGAUUCAUCAUGAGCGAAAUAAAAAUUUGAAAAGGAAUCGAGCUGAUCGAAUGUGGGCAUAUUCCAAAAAUAUUAUACGAAAAUUUUGGUAUGAAAUGGGAUAUUUUACUUCAUAAUGCAAAGGUAGGAUAAACAUUUUCACAGUAAGAAUAUUCUGACAUUGCUUGCCUAUUAUUUUUCAAUAAUUAUAUAGACCAUGCAUGCAUUUAAAACAGCUAGAAUUUGAAAAAAACAACUACCAUUUGCUCGAACAAUUUGAAAACUUGCUCGGAAUCUGCUCGGAAUCCAUUGAAAGUUCAUUGUAAAGUGUUUUUUACUAAUUGAUUUCAUUUCUAUUAUUGGUAUAACUAACUGCUGCCGACACUCCAAAAUAUUCAGCGGUAAUCUUUUUUCGCGCAACUGCAGUUGUUGACAUUACAGUGACAGUGUUACAGAAAACUAUAAAGGCUGCAAAAUAUCUCCAUUUUAUGAAAAAAGCACAAAAAAGCCCCGUUCAAUUUUACUUGAGACAUAAAGCCAAGUUAAAUGUCUAUAGUUUGGUGUGUUCAAAUUUAUCUCAACCUAUCUCAACGAGGAGAAAACACUAUUUUAAAUACGUCCGCGCUUUGUCAAAAAAGAAAAAAUGUCGUCAAAAUCGAGUUCAAAAUGCAUGUCUUUUCCUCAACAAUCGCUUUGUUCAUUUUGCAAGUGAAAUAGAUACCAAUUCUAGCAAUAUAAGCUGAUACUAGAUACUUCAAUAAACAUUUAUAGUAUGUAUUUGAGGCAGGAAGUGAUUUCGUUUAAUUGAUAAUUAAAAAUUUGUGUUGUUUAAAUAUCGUAUUAUCUGCAUAAAUAAGUAUUGUAGUCGCAAAUCUAUUGUCGUGUGGAGUAUACGGAAAACUAUAAAGGCUGCAAGAUAUCUCCGUUUUAUGAAAAAAGCCCAAAAAAGCCCCGUUCAAUUUUACUUGAGACACAAAGCCAAGUUAAAUGUGUAUAGUUUGGUGUGUUCAAAUUUAUCUCAACCUAUCUCAACGAGGAGAAAACACUAUUUUAAAUACGUCUGCGCUUUAAAUUUUGCAAAUAUUUUCAUCGCUCGAGUAAAAUUUUUGCCCUGAUAUUUUCUUUCAACGAGUGUUCAGUAACAAACAACACAAGAUAUUACAUAUGAUAUAACUUAUUAAAUAAUAUUUCAAAUUUUAAUUAAUGAAACAUAAUUAUUUAGCAUUUAAAUCCUUUGUUUUCUCGUUUGUUUGUUUACAUUUUUUUGUUGCCAUCUUGUACACGAUUUUCUGAUUUUUUUAGAGAAAGCGCGCUUGCGCCAAUCCUAAUGUGCAUCACACGUAGCACGGUCAUUUAUUAGCGCAUUUCCCCGCCUGUGUUUUAUAGCGCCCUGAAGAGACCUAUCAAUAAACUAUAUUCAUUGGAAGUAAGAUCGCAAGGAGAAGACAAAUCAAACUCAGUGAAUGUACCCGAGACGCAAGCCAAUAUAGAACAGUUGGUUCAGGAUCAACAGGAGACUACACUGCGAAGAAGAGCUGCAGAAAUGGCAAAUAUGAUCAGGAAGCAAUGGAUAAGAGAUGAGUACAUUUAA